AUGCCCGUGAUGAAGGGUGCAGGCCGAGCACAGCCGUGCUACUGCAAAACGUUCAACUGUCAGGGUCAGUUUAGAGAUUGGAAUAUGCUCCACGCACAUCAGAGAGCAGACAGAAGACGCAAGAAGACAUCUUCUGUGCUCGAAGGCGACGAACUAGCAGACCAGAUCUUUGAAUUAACUUUGAAGGACGCACUCACGGAUGAACCUACCACAGAGUCUGCACUGCUGCCACCGCCCCCACCACCGGCCCGGCACCCAUCUUCAACAGUGCCCUCCUCCCAGCCUACAGUGUCCCCCCUUCCACCCAUUCCACCCCCGCUCACUUCCCUACCUGGGCUCUGGAUUGUCGAUUACGAGAUCUGA